AUGGUCCUUUUGCUGUUCCUUGCAAUCCUAUUAUUGAAGGAAGAUGUCUGUGGGAACUUCAGGCUUUUGGUUUCUGCACAGGCCAAUGAAAGAAGGGUGGUUGCACACAUGCCUGGUGAUAUUAUCAUUGGAGCUCUGUUUUCUGUCCACCACCAACCAACAGUUGACAAAGUUCAUGAGAGGAAAUGUGGAGAGGUAAGAGAGCAGUAUGGCAUUCAGAGAGUGGAGGCAAUGCUACAUACCCUUGACAGAAUUAAUUUGGACCCAACACUGUUGCCAAAUAUAACACUAGGAUGUGAAAUAAGGGACUCUUGCUGGCAUUCUGCUGUGGCUCUGGAGCAAAGCAUUGAGUUUAUAAGGGACUCUCUUAUUUCAUCAGAAGAAGAGGAAGGGAUGGUGCGAUGUGUAGAUGGAUCUUCAUCAUCUUUCCACUCCAAGAAACCCAUUGUUGGUGUCAUUGGCCCUGGCUCUAGCUCAGUUGCUAUCCAGGUCCAGAACUUAUUGCAGCUUUUCAAUAUACCUCAGAUUGCUUAUUCUGCCACAAGCAUGGACUUAAGCGACAAAACUCUGUUCAAGUAUUUUAUGAGAGUUGUACCAUCUGAUGCACAGCAAGCACGGGCUAUGGUGGACAUUGUCAAGCGCUAUAACUGGACCUAUGUUUCAGCUGUACACACUGAAGGAAACUAUGGUGAAAGUGGAAUGGAAGCAUUCAAAGAUAUGGCGGCCAAGGAAGGGAUCUGCAUUGCACAUUCCUACAAGAUCUAUAGCAAUGCUGGUGAGCAGAGCUUUGACAAGUUACUGCGGAAGCUUCGGAGCCACCUGCCCAAGGCAAGAGUGGUUGCCUGUUUCUGUGAAGGCAUGACUGUGAGAGGGCUCUUAAUGGCUAUGAGGCGCCUGGGACUUGCUGGAGAAUUUUUGCUGCUGGGAAGUGAUGGCUGGGCAGACAGGUACGAUGUGACAGACGGGUAUCAGCGUGAAGCUGUUGGUGGAAUAACAAUCAAGCUCCAGUCUCCUGAUGUUAAAUGGUUUGAUGAUUACUACUUGGAGCUUCGUCCAGAAACCAAUCACCGAAAUCCAUGGUUUCAGGAAUUUUGGCAGCACAGGUUCCAGUGCCGUCUGGAAGGGUUUCCUCAAGAGAAUCCUAAAUACAACAAGACUUGCACAAGCCAGAUGACGCUGAGGACGCAGCACGUUCAGGACUCCAAGAUGGGCUUUGUAAUCAACGCGAUAUACUCGAUGGCUUACGGCCUCCACAACAUGCAGCUGUCGCUGUGUCCAGGCUAUGUGGGCCUUUGUGAUGCCAUGAAGCCCAUAGAUGGACGAAAGCUGCUGGAGUCUCUCAUGAAGACCAACUUUACUGGAGUCUCUGGGGACAUGAUCUUGUUUGAUGAGAAUGGUGACUCGCCAGGAAGAUACGAAAUCAUGAAUUUUAAGAAAAUGGGGAAGGACUACUUUGACUAUAUCAAUGUUGGCAGCUGGGACAACGGUGAGCUGAAAAUGGAUGAUGAUGAAAUAUGGUCAGAAAAAAAUAAUAUCAUCAGAUCUGUCUGCAGUGAGCCCUGUGAAAAAGGACAGAUAAAGGUGAUUCGUAAAGGAGAAGUGAGUUGCUGCUGGACAUGCACUCCUUGUAAAGAGAACGAAUAUGUCUUUGAUGAAUACACAUGCAAGGCCUGCCAGCUCGGCUCCUGGCCCAAUGAUGAGCUUACAGGUUGUGACCUCAUCCCAGUCCAGUAUCUCAGAUGGGGUGAUCCUGAACCAAUUGCAGCAGUUGUUUUUGCGUGCCUGGGUCUGCUGGCAACCUUGUUUGUUACGGCUAUAUUCAUAAUGUAUCGUGAUACUCCAGUGGUCAAAUCUUCCAGCCGAGAACUUUGUUACAUCAUUCUAGCUGGCAUCUGCUUGGGUUACUUGUGCACUUUCUGUCUCAUCGCAAAACCUCAACAGAUUUACUGCUAUCUUCAACGAAUUGGCAUCGGUCUCUCCCCAGCUAUGAGUUAUUCUGCUUUAGUAACUAAAACCAACCGCAUUGCAAGAAUCCUGGCUGGCAGCAAGAAGAAAAUUUGUACAAAGAAACCUAGAUUCAUGAGUGCCUGUGCCCAACUUGUUAUUGCAUUUAUCUUGAUAUGUAUACAAUUAGGCAUAAUUGUUGCCCUCUUUAUAAUGGAGCCACCUGAUAUAAUGCAUGAUUACCCAAGCAUCCGAGAGGUCUACUUGAUUUGUAACACCACCAACUUGGGUGUUGUAACCCCCCUUGGAUACAAUGGAUUAUUAAUUUUGAGUUGCACCUUUUAUGCAUUUAAGACAAGAAAUGUCCCAGCUAAUUUCAAUGAAGCAAAGUAUAUUGCCUUUACAAUGUAUACCACCUGCAUCAUUUGGCUGGCUUUUGUGCCAAUAUAUUUUGGAAGCAACUACAAGAUAAUCACCAUGUGUUUCUCAGUGAGUCUGAGUGCCACGGUGGCCCUUGGUUGUAUGUUUGUGCCCAAGGUCUACAUCAUCCUUGCUAAGCCUGAAAGGAAUGUACGCAGCGCAUUCACCACAUCGACUGUGGUCCGCAUGCACGUGGGGGAUGGGAAGUCAUCUUCGGCUGCAAGCCGCUCAAGCAGCCUGGUGAACCUGUGGAAAAGAAGGGGAUCAUCUGGUGAAACACUUAGGUACAAAGGCAGGAGACUGGCCCCGCACAAGUCGGAAAUAGAGUGUUUCACCCCAAAAGGGAGUAUGGGGAAUGGUGGGAGAGCUACAAUGACCAGUGAAGAAUCUGUUUGCAUUCCAGAAUGUAAUCGAUCUGAGUCAAGUAGAGAUGAGAAAGAGGUUCCUGUUAAAGAGGAUGCCCUAACAGGCAAAAAGACUGGAAACUGUGUCAGUCUAAUAGUGCCACAGCAAGACUGUCAGCUGCAAGACCUACUCAAACACUCUAAUGGGAAAUCAGUUUCCUGGGCCCAGAACGAGAAAAGCAGCAGAGGGGCGCACCUUUGGCAGCGGUUGUCAAUCCACAUCAACAAAAAAGAAAACCCCAAUCAAACUGCAGUGAUCAAGCCUUUUUCUAAAAGCACAGAUAGUAGCCGACAUAGUAGCAGCGCUACAUUUCCUGAGACCAGUGCCAAAACGCUUUACGACGUUUCAGAAGCAGAAGAGCAAUACCCAGCUCAGUACCGACCGCAGACUCCCUCGCCUAUCAGCACCGUGAGCCACAGAACUGCCUCCGUUAGCCGAACAGAAGAUGAUGCCCCUACCUUCCAGUCCGAGCCUCCGCAGCGAAGUAGCUCCUCGCAAGGCUCCCUCAUGGAGCAGAUCAGUAGCGUGGUUACUCGUUUUACAGCCAACAUCAGCGAGCUGAACUCUAUGAUGCUUUCAACAGCCACUCCAGGGACAAUGGUGGCCACUCCUCUCUGCUCUUCAUACCUGAUCCCACGAGAAAUCCAGCUCCCCACAACAAUGACCACGUUUGCAGAAAUCCAGCCACUUCCUUCCAUUGAAGUCAAUGGCGCUUCCCAGUCAGCUAGGAAACAAUCAAAUGGCAGCGUCAAAGAAGGCACUGCAGAGACCCCAUCAGCAAAGCAAGACCUUGAGGAGCUGGUAGCUUUAACUCCUCCUUCUCCUUUUAGAGACUCCAUCGAUUCUGGAAGUGCAUCUCCCAGCUCUCCGGUUUCCGAAUCAGCUCUCUGUAUCCCAUCUUCCCCAAAGUAUGACACACUCCUCAUCAGAGAUUACACUCAAAGUUCUUCUUCGCUGUGA